CUUAAAAAUCGUUGGCCCACAUGUGAACUCAGUUUGUUUAUUUUCUUAUUCAAACAAAAUUAUAUUAAUAUGUUAACGGUGAACCAGACGAAGAACACCCUGCUCGAUGGAGCCUCCAUUGAGGAAGAGCCGUACAUAACUCUGCAGGAAAGCGAGGAUUUCUUUGAGAGUCUUGACAAACCGGCGAAGGAACCCAGACAAUUGGCACCUAGAAACACCUUCAUCCGUGCCGGUGUGUUGACCACAGUGAGAGGUUCCGCCUACAUGGAGUACGGAAACACCAAGGUUCUGGCCAUUGUGGCCCCGCCAAAGGAGCUAAUCCGCGCCAGCGCCCGCAGAAUGAACAUGGGAGUGCUGAAUUGCUAUGUGAAUUUUGCGGCCUUUGGCACAGGUGAUCUGGAUUCGGUGCCGGAACGGGAACGCCACCUGAGCAGCAUGCUGACCAAGGCCUUGGAGCCGGUGGUGUGCCGCACGGAGUUCCUCAACUUUCAGCUGGACAUACGGGUGCUCAUUCUCGACGAUGACGGCUGCCUACUCAGCACUGCCAUCAAUUGCUGCGGAGUGGCUUUGGUGGAGUGCGGCAUUUCCACCUACGACUUAAUUACGGCCUCCACAGCUUGUAUCUAUCGGGAUCACGUCUUCCUGAAUCCCAGUGCCAAGAUCGAGGAGCUGCUCUGGAAGCAUCGCAGCAACAGCGGCACCGAUAGCACAACCAGCCCAUCAUCCGCCCAGGAGCACGGUCUGAUAAUUACCGCCAGCAUGGACACCUUUGAACAGAUUGCCCAGUGCCAGCAGUGCGGAUAUCUCAGUCCAGACACCUAUGUAAAGCUGCUGGAUUACACCCUGGACAUGAACAAGUCCCUGAGAGAACUAGUGAAAGGCGUGCUCACGAAGCGGGUGAAGGAACAGCACGAACUGGAUCUGCGCGAGAAGGCCGAGACCGCUCUAGAAGAUCAGCGGCUGGAGGAGAUAAUCGAGAAGCUGAAGAAGCAAGGACUAGAGGAGUUUAUCCAAUCGAACAUCCGGGAGGAUCCCUAUGUAAAGAGGCAGUAGUUGGUUGAGAACAAACCAUACUGACACAAAUCCCAGAUCUAAUUAAACAACUCCCACCACUUAAAAAA